GAAGUGCUUGUGCAUGCUUCAGCUAACUAGCUGCGGUUAGCACAGAGCCAUGAAAAGUGUGUGACAGUAAACUCUCUCUGAGUUAAAUGGUCAGUUCAGCUCCCGCUCAGGUGUAUUGGACACGGGUCAAAGAACGGGAUGGUUAGCAGGCAUUUCUGUCGCUGAAAAGAGAGGAGACAGACAUGUGCACCAUGGAAAUUAUCUUUUUUACUACUGUCUGACAGGCAGUGAUACGCCUGUCAAGUUAUGCAGGGGUUAUGGAAAGUCUAAAGAAUUGUGCUGAAGAGCAGCAACCCUCAUCUUUAGUGGCCAACUCAUGGUCCAAAAAUCAGGAAUCGGACGGGAGUCAAAAGUCCAAACGUGUUGGUGGAUUUGUUUUAGUGCAUGCAGGAGCAGGAUACCACUCUGAAUCCAAGGCCAAGGAGUACAAGCAUGUGUGCAAAAGAGCUUGCCAGCGAGCUGUGGACCAACUUAAAGCUGGGGCACUUGCAGUGGAAGCAGUGGCUGCAGCACUGGUUGAACUAGAGGACUCUCCUUUUACAAAUGCUGGCUUGGGCUCCAACCUUAACUUAUCAGGGGAAAUUGAAUGUGAUGCAAGCAUCAUGGAUGGAAAGUCACUGCAUUUUGGUGCAGUAGGAGCCAUUAGUGGACUUAAGAACCCGGUCUUAGUUGCAAAUCGUCUACUGAACGAAGCUCAGAAAGGAAAGCUAUCAGCUGGAAGGAUACCGCCCUGCUUUUUAGUGGGGCGAGGAGCACAUGAUUGGGCGGUGAGCCAUGGUAUACCUCCAUGCCCUGCAGAGAAAAUGGCCACAAAGUUCAGCUUAUCUGCAUACAAGAGGAACAAGAGAAAGAUGGAGCUGGCAGAGAGAAUGGACACAGGACAUAAUCAGACAAAGAAAAGACGACAAUCAAGUGAAAAUGAAAAUGGCUCAGAGUGCCUCGACACAGUCGGAGCUGUUGUGGUGGACUUGGAAGGGAAUGUAGCAGCAGCCGUAUCCAGCGGAGGUCUAGCCAUGAAACACCCCGGCAGGGUUGGCCAGGCUGCUCAUUAUGGAUGUGGCUGCUGGGCUGAAAAUGCCCGUAAUAUGAACCCUUACUCUACAGCAGUGAGUACCUCAGGAUGUGGAGAGCAUCUUAUUCGCACCAUGCUGGCUCGGGAAUGCUCCUGUGCCAUGCAGUCUGAAGAUGCCCACCAAGCACUGUUGGAGACUAUGCAAAACAAGUUCAUCAGCUCACCGUUUCUGGCCAGUGAAGAUCGUGUUUUGGGUGGAGUAAUUGUCUUGAGGUGCUGCAGAUGUGUGGAUACUCCGCCAUCUCAAAAUGUUCAGGGUAUAUUGGUGGAGUUCCUAUGGAGUCACACCACCGAGAGCAUGUGUGUCGGCUACAUGUCUGCUCAAGAUAGCAAAGCAAAGACACACAUAUCCAGAUUACCACCUGGGACUGUUCCCGGACAGUCUUUGGCCAUCGAGGGAGGGGUGUGUCGGCUGAUGGGCAUAGUAGAGUGAACUGCAUCCUCUCCGCCCCUUCUGCUUCCUUUUGUGCUUCUUCAGCAAUACUCCUAUACAAACGCAACACAUGCACACACACACUUACACAGGAACACCACCUUCACCUCCCAACAGCCUUUGUGAUGCCAGAAGUAAUAAGCUUCCAUUGUUUUAACGGAUGUUCGGGAAGGACUGAGGAGCGUGAGCAUCUUCUUAGUGCACUUCCAGGACUUCUCUGCCUCCAGCAUGUACUCUAUGCCAGUCCCCCCGCCCCCCUCCAAACAAAGAAGCUGUCUACUGUCACCUGGACUCAACUUAACGCACCAUUGCCUUGAUGCAGCGCUUAACUUUACUUUUCCCCAGCCAUGGCCUCCUUCCUUUUGUACAUAAGUUAUAAUUUAGGGAAACAGGGUGAAUGUUCUUGUUAUUUUGUUUCACCAAACAGAAAUUUUUAGGAAUUUCAGAUGUAGGACCUUAUUUUGUUCUUUCCAAAACUACAACGAUGUCAGACAGGAAUCCUGCUACGCAAACAUCUUGUAAUGAGGAAUUUAUAGCUGUGAGUGUUGAACAGUGACUAUAAAAGCAAUGUAGUGUCAGUGUGACCAGAUCAUCUUUAAUUCAUUUGUACACACAUAUUAAUCCUCCAGCAUAUCGUACAAUGUAGCAUUUUGUCCAUCUUAGUUCAUUGUGACUUUUUAUAAACAUUUCAGCCAUAUAAUUAUUGGCUUAUUGUUUCAGAACGUGAACACAGAUGGAGCUAAUCAAGAAGGAGGAAGCUAUGCACUUCCACAUUGAUGAUCAUAUAUAUAUAUAAACAUAUAUAUAUACACACACACAUAUAUAUAUGGUAUAUACAGUGCUCAGGUAGCAUGUGGAUACCACGAAACGUGACUGUUAGUCAUUAUUUGAAAAUCACAAUUUAUAUUUGUAUACUCCCAUGGACAGGGACAAUUAUUUUCUGACUAAAAAGAAAAACAGCUGAGAACUAACGUAUGCAUCGAGCCCUUGAAAUGGUGCUGGUGAGUCGUACUUGAAAAGAGUAAUUUUCCCAUUUGAUACUUCUGCUGGAGUAGUAGAUUUUGAUGUAGUUUUUCAGCCAGUUUCUUAGAAAACUAGUCCCAAGAAACCAUGUAAAAGCUUCUUUAUCGUUUAUCUGAAAAUGCAGCUAAUAUUGAAAUGUAUAAGCUAUGGAAAACAUAUGUACACCACUCUCUGCAGUGUGAAGAAGCUAAAUAAAAUCUAUGUUGCCA